AUGGCGGGGAGGGUGGACGGUGCCCAGAAAAUAAUCCGGCUGCGGGUUGCGUUCCUCACGAUCCCGGCUGCCCAGCGGCGUGCCCGUGCAGGACUGCGUCUCGCAGCGGGUUUCCUCCCCGCGUCCCCAGGUAACGUUGUGGAUAGCCAGACCCCCCGGCUGCUGGCGAAUCAGCUGAGGUGGGACCUGACGGCCGAACAGAUAGAAAGCAUGGCCGCCGAGCUGACGGAGAGGACCAAGCUGGUGUACGACCGGGUGGGCUCCCAGGAGCAGGGCGAGGUGUCCUAUGAGAAUACGCUCAAGGCGCUGGCAGACGUGGAAGUGGAAUACACGGUCCGUCGGAACAUGCUGGACUUCCCCCAGCACGUCUCUCCUUGCAAAGACAUCCGUGCGGCGAGCACCGAGGCCGACAAGAAGCUCUCGGAGUUCGACGUGGAGAUGAGCAUGAGGCAGGACGUGUACCAGAGGAUUGUCUGGCUCCAGGAGAAAGCAGAGAGCGCUUCACUGAAGCCUGAGGCAAAGAGAUAUCUAGAGAGGCUGAUCAAACUGGGUAAAAGAAAUGGUCUCCAUCUCCCCGAGGAAACGCAGGAGAAAAUCAAAGCUAUUAAGAAAAAGCUGAGCGUCCUUUGCAUAGACUUCAACAAGAACCUCAACGAAGACACCACCUACUUGCCCUUCUCGAAGGAGGAACUAGGGGGGCUCCCGGAGGACUUCCUGAACUCCCUGGAGAAGACAGAGGAUGGCAAGCUGAAAGUCACCUUGAAAUACCCGCACUAUUUCCCUCUCCUGAAGAAGUGCUACGUGCCGGAGACGAGGAGGAAGGUGGAGGAGAUGUUCAACUCCAGGUGCAAAGAGGAGAAUUGCUUGAUCCUCAAGGAGCUGGUAGACUUGCGGGCUCAGAAAGCCAGUCUGCUGGGCUUCAACACCCACGCAGACUUUGUGCUGGAGAUGUGUGGAGGUGAAGAGCGGGCACAUGCGCUGGGCCGGGUGUGCUGCACUCAGCCCCAGGCACUGACCCUGCCCGUCAUGGUUUUCCUAGAUGAGCUGGCUGAGAAGCUGAAACCCCUCGGGGAGAAGGAACGGGCUGUGAUCCUGGACCUGAAAAAGAAAGAGUGCGAGAAGCGUGGCCUGGAGUUUGACAACCGCAUCAAUGCCUGGGACAUGCGCUAUUACAUGAACCAGGUGGAGGAGACCAAGUACAGCGUGGACCAGAACCUGCUGAAGGAGUACUUCCCCAUGCAGGUGGUCACCACAGGCCUGCUGGCCAUUUACCAGGAGCUGCUGGGGCUCACCUUCCAGCUGGAAGAGAAGGCUCAGGUCUGGCACGAGGACGUCCAGCUCUACACGGUGAAGGACACCUCCUCCGGGGAGAUCAUCGGCAAAUUCUACCUGGACCUGUACCCACGGUGAGGCCUUGGGCGAGGCGAAGCAGGGGAGGAGGGCUGGGGCAGGGGGAACAGACCCUGCCCCGUGCCUGGGGAGGAGGAGAGGCCGUUCUGCUCCCGGACGCUGGGCUCCCCGCAUUUCUCGGUGGCCGCCAUGGUGGCCAAUUUCACCAAGCCCACGCCGGAUGCGCCUUCCCUGCUGCAGCACGACGAGGUGGAGACGUACUUCCAUGAAUUUGGGCACGUCAUGCACCAGCUGUGCUCUCAGGCGGAGUUUGCCAUGUUCAGUGGGACACACGUGGAGCGGGACUUCGUGGAGGCACCGUCGCAGAUGCUGGAGAACUGGGUGUGGGAGAAAGAGCCGCUGCUGCGCAUGUCCAGGCACUACAAAACUGGAAGCCCCAUCCCCGACGAGCUGCUGGAGAAGCUCAUUAAAUCCCGGCAAGCAAACACAGGGCUCUUCAACUUGCGUCAGAUCGUCCUGGCCAAGGUGGACCAGGCGCUGCACACCCAGACGAAGGCCGACCCCGUGGAGGUGUUUGCCCGGCUGUGUGAGGAGGUGCUGGGCGUCCCCGCUACCCCAGGUACAAACAUGCCCGCCACGUUUGGCCACUUGGCCGGAGGCUACGACGCCCAGUACUACGGCUACCUCCGGAGGGAAGAGGUGGUGGGAGACGGCAGCGUCGGCGCGAGGCCGGGCGUCCUACGCGUACCCCGUCUCUCCUCGCAGGUGGGCAUGGAUUACAGGAAUUGCAUCCUGCAUCCCGGCGGUUCCCUGGAUGCUUCCGACAUGUUGAGGAAGUUCCUGGGCCGCGAGCCCAAGCAGGACGCCUUCCUGGCCAGCAAAGGACUGAAGGUGGAGAGCAGCUCGCUGCCUUCGGCCUGCUGAGAAACUGCUCCGUCCCGCUCUGAGUCAAGCCAGCUCCUCUGUCCGCGCCGCAGCCCUCCCAGGCCCAGCGACACCCGGUACUUCUGUCACCAAACGCGUCCUGGGCCAGCGCCGGCCUGGAGCUGUUCCUUCAGGAUCCUGCUCCGAGCCCGCCCUGGGCUUCGGGAG